AUGGAGCCCAACAGUCCUAAGAAGAUCCAGUUUGCUGUGCCUCCCUUUCAGAGCCAGUUGGACCCUCAGGCAGCUGAACAUAUUCGUAGGAGAAGACCCACCCCUGCGACGCUGGUCAUCUACCAAGAGCCAUCUGGGGCAGGUAAGACAGGGAAAACUCUAUCCCAUCACACAGAGCUCCAGGGUGCAGAUUUGUCCUCGGCACAGAGGAAGCAGAGCACCUUCAUUCCGCCAACUGUGAAAGAGCUACAGAUGGUGAUGGACCAAAACUUUCAGAAACCGGAACAUCUGGAAGCGGGCCUCUGUGAAAACACUGACCAGCUCAGCCCAAUCACAGCCCAGCACUAUGGCAAUACUGCCCAACGGGCUAAUCAUAACGGGCCUGAUGAGCCAAAUGGCAAUGAGCUGUAUGCCAAUCAUCGACUGCUAGCCAAUGGGGGCCUCUCAUUCGCAGACAGCAACUGUACUGGGGAUUUUGGGGGGGGAUGA